CUCCAGCCCCUCCCGUACUCAAGAGGGAGUUUAUUGCGCACGCGUGGGGAGGAACCGCGGGGCACGCCGGGAGCAGAAGCCCCGGAAUUGCAGAAUUCACUACCAAGCCUGGCUCUAUAUGUGUUCUGAGGAGCUAAAGGUUCUCACACUUGAACAGUUUCUCUCCGCAUGGCUGCCAAGGAAGCAACGGUCACAGUUCGCCUCAUCCGUUCGUUUGAACAUCGAAAUUUCAGACCUGUAGUAUAUCAUGGAGUUAAUUUGGACCAAACUGUGAAGGAAUUUAUAAUUUUUCUAAAGCAAGAUGUCCCUUUGAGGACCAGCCUGCCUCCUCCACUCAGAAAUUACAAAUACGAUACACUAAAGAUUCUUCAUCAAGCUCACAAAGCAAAGACGAAUGAGCUGGUGCUGGGUUUGGAGGACGACGACACACUCCUACUGAAAGAAGACAGAACGCUGAAGGACUCGGGGAUAGCCAGUGAGACUGAAAUUGCCUUCUUCUGCGGAGAAGAUUAUGAGAGAUACAAGGCUAAUCCCACCUCGUCCUGGUGAGCACGCCGGCACACCUUCGCAUCCUGUCUUCCAAAAUUCCUGCUUAGUCAACCGUGAGAACAUCCUGUCACUUAGGGACAUGAAGUCUGAGAUAUAACAAUGAAUGAGAUUACAGAAGUUCUCAAGCAAAUGUGUUACAAGUUUCCAAAACUACAUUGGGCCCGUAAGAGAAGGCUUGAAGGGUAAAGGCGCUCGCUGCCAAGCCUGAGGACCAAGUUCAGUGCCCAGCACCACGUGGUGGAGGGAGAGAACUGACUCCCACGAGCUGUGAACAAAUACACGCAGGGAUUUAUACAAUGGUCAGUAUUGAGUUUCACUUCUACUGGAUCUCAAAUCACCAGGGAGACAGACCUCUGGGCAUGUCUGUGAGUUUCUAGAUUUGGUUAAUUAUGAGCAGAAGGCCUACUACACUAACUGUGGGCAGCGGUAGUCCCUGUGUUUAGGUCCAGGUGAGCUGAGCACCAGCAUCCAUUUCUCUGCUUCCCGACUGUGGAUGUGUUGUGAACGGCCACAUCAUGCUCCUGCGGCCAUGCCUUCCCCACCAUGAUGGACUGUGCCCUUGAAACUGUGAGCCACAAUGAGGUCUUUUCUGAUGUGUUUUUGUUGGGAAUUUUGUCACAGCAACAAGACAUAUAACUUAUGUGAUAUGCAUGUGCACAAAAGGACAUGCAGGAGGAAGCUAGGUUUGGAAAGCAAAGAUACAAAAAGUCAUAUCUCUAAUGCUUAAUUUUACUAGAAUACAUUGCAUUCAAUGUCAGCAAAAACAAAUCUAAUAUAUAUGCAACAAUUUUUUAAAAAAAGAAACCUAUCAGGUAAAUGUCAUGAACAUAUUGAACAUUUUGGUCUAUGAUGUCCCUCUGAAUUAUUUUCCCUAUAUUAAUAUUUUAAUGUUUAUCUUAUCUUGGGAAUUUUAAAUUUUACAAGUAAAAGUUAAUUCUUAGAAACCAUCUUGGAGAUGAAAAAGUAAUAUAUAUAAUUUUAUAUAUUUGCAUUUUUACUAUAUGCCUAUAGUACUACACACACACACACGUAUGUAUGUAUGUAUAUCUGUAGUCUAGGCUAGCCUCAAACUUGUUUUGUAGCCAAGGAUGAACCUGAAUUCCUGCUCUUCCUGCCCUUACUUCCGAGUGCUGGCUUUUGGGCAUGUGUCAUACCUAGUCUGAUUCUGGUGUGGGGAAUUGAGCGGAAGGCCUCGUGGAUGGUAGGCAAGCACCCUACUAACUGAGCCACAUCCCUGGCUAGAUUCCCUUAUUCUAAGGUUAGUUCUUUGCUCACCUUUCUGUACACAUUUUAAGACAUUUUCUAGACAUAUAGUUAUGUAUAUAAACUUGAUAUAGGUACACUGGCCUGUGUCUGUAGUCCCAAGUCCUCAGAGGCUGAGGUGGGUGGAG